ACUAACGCGCCGCAACAUCUAUACCAACCAAUUUGCUACAUCUCUUUACAUUUGCAUUCUUUACACGAGAGAGCAUUUGAAGAAAAUAAUGUCCAGGCUACGAUUUGGCAGAUCGAACGACGGAUAUCGUCUCGUAUCCAAUGAUGAUAGUGGUUUCUCUGACGCUCAGUUUGAAGCACCACCACCGAAGAUUCCAUGGAAAGCCAUAACAUUAGCUGCAUUUCUGUUUUUGGUCGGGACAAUCCUUCUUAUAGUUGGAAGCUUGAUAGUGACUGGUCACAUUGACACAAAAUAUUCAGAUAGGUUGUGGCCUAUGAUCAUUUUAGGAGGCAUAAUGUUUCUUCCUGGAGCUUAUCACAUAAGGAUAGCGUACUGCGCAUAUAAGCAGUAUCCAGGAUAUAGUUUUACAGACAUUCCAGAAUUUGAUUAGCACUAGUAUCUCACUGUAUUUGAGAUUCAAAUAAGUAACAUGCAACACAAAUCAUCUUCCUGAAUAAUGUAGUUAAUUUCAAUUGUAUAUAUCCUUAUCACUUUUUAGUGAUUACUUAUUAUUUGUUGCUAGUUCUUUUAAUUAAUUCCACAAAAUUUUGCUUUAUAACUAUAAUUUUAAAUUAUAGUAGUAAGAUUAUUUAGUUACAUUUAUUUUUGGGCAAAUUUAAAUUAAAUUUAAUUCUCAUGAUGAAGUCUGUUUUAAACAGAAUGCACAGUGUGACUGAGCAGAAACUGUCAAGAAAACAGUUAAAUUAAUAUUUUUCAAAUCUCAUAUAAAAGGUAAGAGGCAUGAUUUAGAAUAUUGUUAAUGUUAUUGGCAACAGUGAGUAACAAACCAAGACUGUGGUCUUGUUACAAUAACUAGCAAAGGGGUUGAGCAAUACAUUGAAGAAAUAUUAGGGUUGUCACAUGAAUGUGGAACAGGCCUUUCUAAUCAAUUCUAAUUAAGGCCAGACUAAUUAUCAGACGAUCAUUAUGGCUAGACAUUUGAUUUUGAGGUUGCAGUCACAGAAAAAAUCCUAAUGAGCGAUUAAAUUGACAAGACUGCUUAAUGCUUACCCUUACACUCACUUAUCAUUCUGCUGAUCCCACAGAAUGAUUCCAACACUACACCAAGCUAAUAAUGGCAAAUAAAACCGUUUUGCUUGGAAUACUUGUUAGCAUUAUUCUCUGAUGAACCCCAGUCCGACUGACAUACAGACUAUUGUAAAAUAUAAGCUUAGUGAGCUGGAUGUGAGGGCAUUAUUAUCAAUUUCUCUAAGUGUGGAUAUUAUGAAAUUAUGCAUUUUUGUCUGUUCUGGCAUUACUGUGUAGACAAUAUAUAAAUAGUUUAACUCUGAGCCGAUAUGGUUGCACAUGGAUAUUAGGAAUCUCAUGCCACUGUUAACCAUUGAAUGUGCAUAGCUUCAUUUAAUGUAUGAAUACCUAAUACUAUCAAAUUAUAGACAUUUAAGAUGCAUGCUAUUUAUUAAAUGUUCAUGUUAAUUUAAUAAUUAUUUCACGAUUAACCACCAAAACCAGAAGUAUUUGUUUGCCAUUUUUUUAUUUUUGAACUAUAAAAUCCUUUCUAUAAAAUAACAUGAAUUUCUUAACUACUCAUAAUGUUUUUGUGGAUAGAAGACUUCAACUUUGUGGGUUGUCAAGUGGGAGAUGUCAUUCACUUGUGUGAUGACUGGGCUCUGUUAACUACAUAACACUACGUGACUAGUGAGUUUGCUAAUCCAUCAAUAAAAAAUAAA